CAAUCCUAGAUGUUACUUAAUUCAAACAACCUGACUUGGCUUUCACUUUCGAAAGUUUGGCAUGACGGUAGUCAAUAGCGUUCACUUUUAAAACAAUGAUAUGGUAUUCCCCCUGUGGUACAACGGUAUGUCUGCGGACUUAUACUACUAUAAACCGGGUUUCGAUCUCCGUGGUGGGCAGAGCACAAAUAUCCCUUUUUGCUUAAUAAUCAACAUCAGUAAUAUGGUAAUUUUUUUAUUUCACUCAUAAGGAACAAAUAUGAUACUUAUGUUAAACAAAGAAAUAGUUUAUAUGAAUAAUGAACGUUAGAAAUUAUACAUUCUUUACAUUUUAAUAUUACAAACACGAGAACAAAGCAUGUAAGUAUUUAUAAACCAGAAACCGUCCCGCUAAUUCCUUACUACGUUAUUGAAUAAGCAUAAAGCGGUGGAUCAAACUAAUAUUACGUGACAUCACGUGAUAUGUGACGUUCAACCACACUGGCUUGAGUUACUUAUGCUCCAGCCGUUACUAUGCUCUAAGUGUACGGUAAGGUUAAAGCUAAUUAUUCGGCGGUUCGAGAGAUCACGGAAAGAACAUUUAACUGUUCUUAAAUCCGCUUCCAUUUAGAAAUAGUUAGAAUUUUUUCCGUCACAGCAUUUGAGAACAUAAUAACUGUAUACGGCCUCGUGAAUCAGAAUACUUCGUGUUGAAGAAAGUUAUUCAACUAAAGUGAGAACAUUGUUGUUAUAUAUUAACACACAUUCUGUAAUCUGAUUCCCUGAAAUGGAAAGUGAUAAUAUUCUUUACACGCUACAGGACGAAAAUUUCACUUUAUUAACGGAUGUAAAUGCAUCAGUAGGCCUAAUGUCCGUUCUAGGAAACGGCAGCACAUCUUUGGAUUACGGAGGCUACAUGGGUCCAAAAAGAAAGUCUCUCUUCUUUGUUGUUCCCAUGACCCUGGUCUACAUUACCAUUUUGGUCACCGGAGUGGUAGGUAAUAUCUGCACAUGUGUUGUGAUUGCUAAAAACAAAUACAUGCACACAGCUACAAAUUACUACCUCUUUAGCUUGGCCAUCUCAGACCUUUUACUGCUGGUGUUCGGACUUCCUCAAGAAAUGUAUCAGCUCUGGCAGAGCUAUCCUUAUGUAUUUGGAGAAUUCUUUUGUUUUUUCCGUGGUCUGACGUCAGAGACUUCAACAAACGCUUCCAUAUUGACCAUCACAGCCUUCACAGUAGAGCGAUACCUGGCCAUCUGCCAUCCUCUUCUAGCUCACACAAUGUCCAAACUAUCGCGGGCAGUUAAACUGAUCAUUGUUAUCUGGAUUCUAGCAGCACUAGCAGCCGCGGCUAUAGCUUUUCAGUUUGGUAUCGUAAAUUUAUUCAACAAUCCUGAGUAUGCCCUAUGCAUGGUAGAAAGACCACUGAAACAUGCUUUCGGACUUUCAACUCUUCUGGUUUUUAUCUUUCCCAUGAGCUUGAUUCUUGUUCUCUAUGUGUUCAUUGCUCUUCAGUUAAGGCGUUCCCUAGAACUGUCUCGUGGUGAAACAACUCACGGAUCGACUAAUGGUUUUAACUGUCAAAGUGUCCAUGGUAACUCUUCCAGGCAGACCCUUAAAUCUUCCGUCAGCAGCUCUUCACGUAAAUCAGUCAUCAAAAUGUUAGUUGCUGUUGUGGUGGCCUUUUUCGUUUGCUACGCUCCAUUCCACGCGCAACGUCUCAUGGCGACCUACGUGGUGGAGCCCUCAACGAUAAUGACUGUUAUAUUUGACGUAUUAACGUACAUGUCUGGUGUGUUGUACUACGUCAGUGCCACCAUUAACCCUAUCCUUUACAGCAUAAUUUCGUUCAAGUUCCGGCAGGCUUUUAAGGAAACUUUAGCUACAUGCUGCGGACGACAAACUACUCGAUCCCUGAACAUCAAGGCAACCUCUAGAUACAUGUCACGCCACUCCACAGCAUUCGAAACAACUUACCUAACAGUUCUCUCUGAGUCCUCACACCCUCAUCAACGGAGUGCCUCCGCUUUCCCCCACUUUCAGUCUAUGCCUGAGGCAGUAAAAAACAACUCCAUCAUGCAACAACAUGCCUCCGUGUCCAAUGUUUCUAUCCCGGGAACCAACAGUGACGACAGAAACAAAAACAUGACCUUCAUCAGUAACAGUAGUCUUCAUAGGAUAGAAGAUGGCGCUUUUGACGAAGUGGUUGACAUUAAUUAACCCAUUCGCUGCGUUGUGCUAUAGAAUCAGCGGUAUCUAAUCUAUUUUCCUUUAUCCCUGCAAACAUGUAGUUUGGCUUGGCUACUGACAUAUUAAUACAUCCCAAUGGAGUUAACGGUUAUAUCAUGUGUUUUGUAGAUCAGAUGGCAAAGUUCAUGUGAUUGCCGCGUUUCUUCAAGUAGAAUAACGUCCUUUGGUAGAAGUUUUUUGAUAAACUCUGAAGCUUCUCCGACAUGCAUUACUUUAAUCCUGCAGUUAUAUAUUGCCGUUUAUCCAUGAUAAAUUGCAAAAACAACAACAAAAACAGAAUCAAGUAUGCUUUAACUUAAUCAAGAGUUUUCUCUCUCUCUCUCUGUAUUUUCAGAAAAAUCAAAGCAGUGAUUGUCGGGAAAUCUAUAAGAUCUGUCGCUAAUAAUUUGUGAACACUAGGUGCCUGUAAAGUGUGUGCUAUAUGUUUCACAGUUAAUAAAUUACAUAGCUCAGAACAGUA